UGUGACGAAUAAGACACAAAACGAAAUGAUCUUGACAGUCUUUACAUCAGAAAUUAAGAUCGAGUUUCAAAUCAACUGAUGGCUCAAGGAUAUGAAAGAAAGAUCUGUAUCCAGUAAGUUGGCGGAAUUUGUGUCUGAAUUCGGUGUUACCUUCACGGGAAGCCAACUCAACGAAUGAAUGAGGGAAAGAACAAUAACUGGGAACAUAGAACGACGUACCAACACUAUAAGGGAAUCGGAAGGGGUUGAGAGCAGAAGAACUCUUGGGCAAGUAGACGUACAUAAUCCCACGAAUCGACUUCAAUGCUUUACAAUUAGCUUACUUGGCGACGGUAAAUCGGUUGAGUUUGCAACUAUAAAGCUAAGCCGGUGACGAAGUAUUCAGUUGUUAUAAUCCAGAGCCAGUGAAGCAGAUUGCUGUUUGGCUAAACGCCGAAUAUAAGGCUUGAUUUUUGAAUAGUAACUCAAGGAUACUCAAGGCAAGGACAACGAUUCUUUGAAACAACAUUUUCAAAGAGUGGGUACUAUAUUUUCCAAACAUAAAAACGUAAUGAGUGGAUUUCUCGAAAUCAAAACACCAAGCUCCAUUCUGUAUGCUCACGCAUGUACCAAGUCAUUGAUGUGAACAAGAACCGAAUCAACGGCAAGUCGGCCGCUAUCUUGAUUUCAAUCCUUAUUUCGUAGAUAACUUAAGUACAUAAAGGAGACACAGGAAAUUUAUUCAUUGGAACACUAUUGCUUGGAUUCAUCUUGUUUGGAAGUCAUCUGUGUUGCUGUAAUUAUAAUGGAACGGAUGGAUCGAUUGUUCCUCUAUCUCCGUAUCCGAAGGUCCAUUCAACGAUUGUUUAUACUCGGGUUUUCUCUAUUAUAUUAUUGCUCGUUAUCAACCGGGAAAGAGUUUAAAAUUGGACUUAUAAUUCCAUACAAAACAGUAGCCCUUCACGUGGGUAAUAACUUCAUGAAAGGAGAAAACUUUGCUGCUGCUAUUACAAUAGCUGUGGAAGAUUUGAACUCGAAUCCUGACAUACUUCCCGGUCACAAUAUAACUUUCACAUGGGAAGAUUCCAAAUGCGAGGAACUUCUUACAAUCAGACAGGAGUUUAAGAUGAUUAACUCGCGAGUGUCAGCUAUAAUUGGACCUGGAUGCAACUGUAAAGUGGCAGCAAGAAACGCAGCAGCAUUUCAUAUACCUAUGAUAUCAUAUAUGUGUAGCAGUACAGAACUCUCCGACAAAAAACUUUACCCGACUUUCGCCCGAACAUUUGCCGUCGACUCUCAAGUAACUCCAAGCGUAAUAAGUCUGUUAAAGAAAUUUAAAUGGACAACAGUGGCAAUUAUAUACGAAAACCUAACAAAAUGGAUAGAUCUCAAAGACAGUAUGAAGCGCCACUUAAAGGCUAACGGAAUCAAAGUCUCUUACGAAGGUUCUACUAUAGGCCCGUUUGCUCUCCAUUCCAAGGUUAUGGACGAUAGAAUCCGCGAAAUGAUGUCAGAAAUUAAAAACAAAGCUCGAAUCGUGAUUUUUGUCACAAGUUUCCACAUGGCUCGAGAAGGCAUUUACAUCGCUUUCCAAGAGAAUAUGAUUAGCGGGGAAUACGUGUUCAUAGCUUUUGAAUUGGACCAGGUCUAUGCUGCGAAAAGAAAAAAGCUUCCUUUCCUCUGGUUUCAAACAGACAGCCACUACAGAAACAGGGUAAACAGUUCGGAUUUCGUAUCUAGUGUCCAAAAAGGAUCUGAAGCUGUUCUUCUGCUGACAGUUAAAGCACCUCUAGGAUCAACAUAUGCUGAUUUUAAAAAAAGACUCGAGGAUCGAACCAAAGAUCCACCCUUCAAUAGCAGUACUUAUAUUAGUAACCAAGGAAUGACGCCUCCUGUGUUUGGUGCUUAUCUUUAUGAUGCUGUUUACCAGUUUGGAAUAGCCUUGAACAAAACCUUAAGCAGAAACGAAACACCAGUUGGUGAAGCCAUCAUUGAAAAGAUGCGCGACAUCAAUUAUCUUAGUAUACAAGGGUAUCAGGUUCAUAUUGACGCUAAUGGAGAUGCAGAAUUCAAUCUAACUCUACUAAGUAGCAAAUAUAAUCCGAAAACGAAAGAAAAAGAAAUGACCGAGACUGGAAACUUUCACAUUGUCACGCAUACUGUUACUCAGCGAGGAACACCAGACUUUAGGUACAAAGAAAACAUGACAAUCGAUUGGCCAGGUGGUAGAAAAACACCCCCGAAGGACCACCCACCUUGUGGAUUUAAUGGCGAGUUGUGUUCGGUUGAUGAAAAGAAAGAUAACAAAACAACCAUCAUUGCAGCAGUGUCUGGUGCUUUAGCUUUCUUGGUUCUUUUGUUUAUUGCAAACUUUUACAGGCAUUACAGGGCAGAACGAGAAUUACAAAGCAGAUUCUGGAAGAUUGAUUACGAUGAGCUAUGCUUUGAGCACCGCAGGGGGUCGAACACUUCUUUAGCAAGCACCGUCAUGCAUCAAAGAGACGACGAUGAGGAGGCAGGGAUUCCUUUACUUGAAGACACUACAGCAGAAGGAAAAACCACAAGUAUUGGAAAAUAUAAAGGAAACGUGGUAACGGUUGCUAAGUUACCAACACGAAGUAUCGACUUGACGAGAAAAGUGUUGCUUGAACUAAAACAGAUGCGUGACAUCAGACAUGAUAAUCUCAACCAGUUUAUCGGAGCAUGCGCAGAACCUCCCAUUGUCUGUAUCGUAAUGCAGUACUGCUCUCGGGGAAGUCUACAGGACAUCUUAGAGAACAGUGACGUCAAACUCGAUCAUAUGUUCAUCGCAUCCUUAGUCUCAGACAUCGUCAAGGGAAUGGCGUACCUACACAGUUCAGAUAUUCGUUCUCAUGGCAACCUGAAGUCUUCCAACUGUCUGGUGGACAGUCGUUGGGUUCUUAAGAUUACUGAUUACGGUCUCCCGACGUUCCGAUCCAAAGUGAAAAAAAGUGUGGACAACUACGCGUAUUAUAGAGAUCAGCUAUGGGUUGCACCCGAACUUCUCCGCAACCCGAACAGAGACAUCCGGGGCACACAGAAGGGUGAUGUGUACAGUUUUGCUAUUAUAUUGCAUGAGUUUCACACGAGGGAAGGACCCUAUGCCAACAGCAAUCUGGAGCCUAAAGAAAUAAUUCAUCGCGUCAAAGAAAGGGAAUACCCGCCUUUCAGACCGAUCGUUACAAAGCUGAUCGGUGGGGUAGAAGAACUAAGAGAGCUAAUGACACAAUGCUGGGAAGAAGAACCUGAAACGCGACCAGACUUUCCUGAUAUCAAGAAAAUCAUGCAUAGACUACUCAUACAAAAUGGAAUGAAAACAAAUAUAUUCGAUAACAUUGUGUACAUGAUGGAGAAAUACGCUGAUAAUCUGGAGGAACUGGUGAUGGAGAGAACAGGGCAGCUGAUAGAAGAGAAGAAAAAGACAGACGCCCUGCUAGAGCGCAUGCUUCCACCAUCGGUAGCUGAGCAGCUGAAGAAGGGUAAAGCAGUAGAAGCAGAGAGCUUCAACCAAGUAUCGAUCUACUUCAGUGAUAUUGUUGGUUUCACGAGUCUCAGUGCAGAGAGUACACCCAUGCAGGUCGUAGCUCUGCUAAAUGAUUUGUAUACGUUAUUUGAUGACAUCAUACGAGAAUACGACGUAUAUAAGGUUGAGACUAUAGGAGAUGCAUACAUGGUGGUCAGCGGUCUUCCUAUAAGAAACGGCUCGCGUCAUGCGGGAGAAAUAGCGCGCAUGUCAUUACAUCUGGUGGAUGCUGUACAAACGAUCUUCACUGUCCGGCACAAACCAGGAUACAAAUUAAAACUACGUGUUGGAAUACACAGCGGUCCUGUGGUGGCUGGUGUAGUAGGCAACACUAUGCCUCGUUACUGUUUGUUCGGAGACACAGUCAACACAGCUUCAAGAAUGGAAUCAAACGGAGAACCUCUUCGCAUACACAUCAGUGAUCAAACGAAGAAGAUACUUGACCAACUUGGUGGAUUUAUAGUGGAGGAACGUGGCGAAGUCUUCCUAAAGGGUAAAGGAAACUGCAUUACAUACUGGCUGAUCGAUGCAGUAAAGAAACGACAGCUGAGCGUCAAAGGAAAAUCACAUCAUCCCAAUGGGAACCCUCUGUUAAGCUACCUUACAGCACCCAGUCAAUUUGGUUCCACAGGGUCCUUGAAUGUCCGCAGAACUGAUUCAUUCAGAAAGAAUAUCAAAAGCACUCCUUCACCGAAACCCAAGAAAAAAGUCUGGCAUAAGUUUGAUGUUGAAGAUGGACUACUUGGUGCUGAUCACACAGCGGUAUAAGGACUGAUAGACUUCAAAAAUAUAAUGGCUUUGUUCGUGGAUAUAUCCAGUAGAUUGAAUUGUCCUCGGGUGAAUGUGGCUCUCAAUUUCUACAACAUGAAUCUUGUACACGUUGACGUAAAGAAAUGUUGGUAUUUAGUGUGGAAAUCUUGAAAGAAAAAUUAAUUUUAGGAAGAAAUUAUGUGCAUAAAAUGAGUGGUCGACACGAUAGAACAUCGGCUUGUGUUCGGCAAAGCGUCGGAGCUGGAAAUUUUCGACUUAUUAAGUGUUGCUGCUGCUGAAAAUAAUCAAUCACUCGAGAUAAUGUAAAGUUUUCGUGGAAGAGCUUGAUAAAAGAAUCAAGAGUCGAUUACCUGUCGGCACAAAGUAGAAUGGAAGUGAGAGUGAUCGGUAAUACUUCGGCAUGCAUUCGGAAAAUAUCUGGCUUCGAUUGACGAAACCAGUGUUGCUGGAAAUGCAACCUUAAUGGAAAAUGAAUGACAUUCUACUUCGGAAUCCAGUCGGAAAUCUGUCGGUUCACGAAAAAAUAACGACGAAUUGUCGGCUCCUGUAAUUUGUGUAUAUAGAUAGUGGAGGAUGAGACAAAUGGAAUUGAGUCAUGGAUUAAUGAAUGAAAUAAAUGAAGCCAGUGUGUGGUGGUUGGAAUCGUGUCGUCGGCAAAAAACUCUCGGCAAUUACUCGUUACGUCCUCGAGCACUUCACAUGGAUGCUUAGACGUCUUUUAAUUUGAUGUUCUCGUUAUUAGAGAAUUGCAAUAAUUUAUCAUAUACGUAAAUAUGAAUAUAUACAUAUAUAUACCAGCAUGCUGAAUUAUAUACUAGUUUAAUCUAUUCUGGAGGCAAGAUGUAGUAUUUUUAGUCAUCCAUCUCGGAAUCAGAUAUCUAACUGGGCUGGAAACACAAUAAACGACUUAGGGGGGGGGGGGAGGUAUUUUGUUGAUAAUGUUAGCCAUUUCUAGCUUACAGGCGGGGCUGGGCCUAGGCCGAGUGACGAAGUACAUAUAAAUAGACACUCAUUUUUGACGAGAAUGAUGAGAAUGAUGGCAUUAAAUUGUUUAGUCUGUUAUAAA